AUGUCAGACGGUUUCUCUUUAUCCGACGCCUUGCCCAGCAGCAACAAUCCCACCCCCUGUGCCCCCCCAGCGUACCCCGGCCAUCCAGGCACCUAUCCUGGCUCACCAGCAGCACCGGGGACCUACCCUGGAGCACCAGGAGCAUAUCCUGGAGCACCGGCGCCAUAUCCAGGAGGACCAGCAGGACAGGGACCGUAUCCGGGAGCACCUGGAGCAUUCCCUGGAGCGCCAGCGGGACCGGGGCUGUAUCCUACCCCAGGACAACCGCCCAGUGGCCCUGGGUUUGGGCCCCCUCCUCCGCAGGGGGCACCGGCUCCUCCCAUGAAACUCCCCUUUGAGCUGUCCUUGCAGGCAGGACUCAUCCCUCGGAUGCUCAUAACCAUCACGGGGACUGUCAACCCCAACCCAGACAGGUUUUCACUGGAUUUCAAGAAAGGGAAUGACAUUGCCUUCCAUUUUAAUCCCCGCUUUAAGGAAGACAACAGGAAAGUCAUCGUCUGUAAUUCCAUGUUCCAGAAUAACUGGGGAAAGGAGGAGAGAACAGCUCCUAGGUUUCCAUUUGAAGCUGGAAAACCCUUCAAGCUCCAGGUCCUUUGCGAGGUGGAUCAUUUCAAGGUAGCGGUCAACGACGCCCACUUGCUGCAGUACAGCUUCCGUGAGAAGCAGCUGAAUGAGAUCACCAGACUCUGCAUUGCUGGGGACAUCACCCUCACCAGUGUCAUGCCAACCAUGAUAUAA